AUGCAUCUUCCAGAAAAAGUCAUGGAAAUCAAGAAUCCACGUCGCAUCCUUGUGCUAGGCAGACCAGAUUGCGACAUUUCCCGCGUCGUCAAAGCUCUGACAGGUUCCGCGCCCACUCCCGAUCCAUCCACAGGCUCCCUCGCCGGCGUUACGCACGAAUGGAACAUCAAGACCGCAUACUACACGGCCAACAUCCCCAUCUGGAUCGAUGAAAUUACCGAUCUUGAAGCCUGGAAAGCCGAAUUUCUAAAACCCGAAGCCAAGGAAGUGGUAGAGGCGCUGGGCGCAUGGAUCUACUGCUUCGACAGCGGAAAGAAAGAGUCAGAAGAUGCAGCAGAGGAAGUCACAAUAUCCGAGCAAGUGGAACAAACGAUGAAGGCUGUGGAUGAGGUGGUCAAGAAGGCUUGUGGUAGCAUGUGGGAUGGCACGAAACUCGCCAUGGACCUCACACCCAGCAACAAGGGCAAACGCGCCGAUGCGGCCGACGAAAUAUGUCUGGAUCUUGGAUUUGACUAUGUGCACAUUGAUGCUGAGGGAAAGAAUGACUAUGGAGAAAAGCUAGGCUUGGAAAGAGCAAAAGAGAUACUUGAAGCAAACGAAUGGUCUGCUCAGCCUGCCGAAGACGACGACGAAGAGAACAUAGGAGACAUGGAUGAUGAGCAGGCACAAAUGAAUGCAGAGCUUUGGGGCAUGAAAGCUUCUCUGCUAGACCCAGACAACGACGAUGAAGAGGACGAGGGAAGUGCUUUACAGAUUGAGGGUAUGGAGCAGAUGAUGAGUCAAUUGAUGGCCAUCAGAGAGCAUACUGCUGGCAUGUCAGAGAAUGAGCGGAAGAGAUAUGCUGCUCGGGCUGUUGACGACCUUAUGAAGAAUUUUGACUAG